GGAAUUAUCUGCCGCAACGUGGUACGGUGGAAUCGGCUAUUUGUGAAAUCCAAUCCGCAAAUGAGGACGAGUCACUCGGGCCCCCUGCCCCAGACGAGUCUCCGGUGCUGAAGCUGAUCGCGCUGCAGAACGCAGACGGAUCCUGGACUCCGGACCCCGGCCUGGAGUCACUGCUGGGCCUGAGCCCUGGCCAGGUCAGAGGAGGCCUGCCCCUGAAGGAUAUGGACCUCACUCUGUGGACAACCAUCUUGGCCGUGAUGUGGCUGAACGCCUUCGCUGCCGACUCCAAGGACGAGUGGGGUCUGCUGGUGACGAAGGCCCUGUCCUGGGUCCGGGCCCGAGCAGGUGCAGACCUCGUGGAGUGUGUGAAAGCAGGAAACCGGCUUCUGAAAACCUCUAUUCUUCCUGGGACACUCGGACUGUGAGGGAAUUGCUGGAGGGGGUUCUGUUGGUGUCACCACAGUGAACACCUCUUGUGGGCUAUCGUUUCAUCACCGCUCUAUCCGUCCACCCCUGUUGUAGGGGACCCGUUGGUGAAGCUGUACCUCUGGUCCUUCGUGGGACUGUUUUAAUGAUGGUGAUGGUUACUGACCCAGGAAUGAUGUGCGUGAAAAUCUUCUGCCCCAAAUAAAUCUGCUUCUGCCUUCCAA